UUGUUAGUGUUUUGGUUCUAAGAGGAAGUUGCGAGAAUAAAGAAAGGAGGAGACGUGACGCGAUUCUUUAAAUUGUUUUUGUUGCCCCCCCCCCUCCCAACCAACUUACCGUUCUGGUGCCUGACGGUCGGCGUGUGAAAAAAACUUCAGCGGUGCCAAUAAAAGUUCCGUGCGUCGUCUGGCUCUCAGCUGAAGUCAAGAGGGUGAAGUUUGGCGCUCAGGAGUCCAGAGGAUCUGAUCAGGUCAUGGCCAAUCGAGGAGGAGCUACAAGACCCAAUGGACCCAACGCAGGCAACAAGAUCUGCCAGUUCAAGCUGGUGCUGCUGGGGGAGUCUGCUGUGGGGAAGUCCAGUUUGGUGCUUCGUUUUGUCAAAGGACAGUUCCAUGAAUUCCAGGAAAGCACGAUAGGAGCGGCCUUCCUCACCCAGACAGUCUGUUUAGAUGACACGACGGUGAAAUUUGAAAUCUGGGACACAGCUGGUCAGGAGCGAUACCACAGUUUGGCACCCAUGUAUUACAGAGGAGCACAAGCAGCCAUUGUGGUCUACGACAUCACAAACGAGGAGUCCUUCGCACGAGCAAAGAACUGGGUGAAGGAGCUACAGAGACAAGCUAGCCCCAAUAUAGUCAUCGCUCUGGCGGGCAACAAGGCGGACUUGGCUAACAAGAGAGCUGUCGAAUUUCAGGACGCCCAGUCUUACGCAGACGACAACAGCUUGCUGUUUAUGGAGACCUCAGCCAAGACAUCGAUGAAUGUCAAUGAGAUAUUUAUGGCAAUUGCAAAGAGAUUGCCGAAGAGUGAGCCUCAGGCUCCAGGAGCCACCAGCGGGCGGAACCGUGGAGUGGACCUGACAGAAGCCGCCCAGCCGGCCAAGGCUCCAUGCUGCUCCAACUAACAGGAAGAACACAGUUUUCCAACACCUGCAUACUAGUUACUGAUGUGGCUCGUGCCACCGAAGCUACUAAAACAAUGUGUCAGUCAUUGUUUGAAGCCAGAAAAGAUAUCCUGCGCCCAAUUAACCCCUCCAUCCUGCCCCCCCCCUUCUCUUCGACUUUUUCUGUACCGUGACCCGAUGAAGCCUCCUAACCACUUUGUCUUACUUUUAUGCCACCAACUCGUCCAUCAAGUAGAAUUGAUGGAUUGAGAACAGAAGCAGGCGUCCCUGUUGCUUAAGCAGAUGAGAGUUGUUGGUGGAGGAAUCCCUUUUACUGGAAUAGCUUAAAGCCUAACUGCUGUUUUGUUUUUAUUAAUACGUUAAUCAUUGUUUAGAUUUGUGGAAAUGAUGAAUUCCCAUCUGGGUAAGUCAAAAGAGACAAAUGUGUUCUAACAAAGUCUGUUGGAGAAGAAUUCUGAAUCUGAGAGGGGAGGUGGUGGAACUCUGUGCUCCCUCUCGACCCUUUUUACUUUAACGGAUAGAAACAAAAGGCUUUUUUAAAAUCUGAUUCCCUUCACUGACCCUGUCCGUAUCCUUCACUUCCACUAAAUUCACUCUAUUUAUUUUUUUCUUCUCCCCUCUCCACACCUCUGGGCUCCAUCAUGGCUCUGUGCCUGCCUGUAGCCUGUCCAUAGCGGCAUUGUGCAAUGUUUUGCAGUAUUUACUCUUGAGGUGAGCGUCUGCCAGGACCAGCGCUGCACAGCGGAACCCCUUCCUCACUCACCCACACCUGAUGUGUUAUGUCUUAUCAUAGACCCUCAUGCGCUCAGACGGGGGAUUUAAGUCCAGGAUCGUCUGACGGAUUUGUCGCAGUUGUUGCAGGGUUUUUGUUAAAAAGAGUGAUGAUCGGAGCUUUGCAAUAUGUAUGAAUUCUUCGUAAUUAUGUUGGAAUCAUAAUUAUUUGACAUCUUAAAAAAGUGCUUUAGACACACUAGUGUCAUUAUCCGCAAUCUGGGCCUGAAACGGUGACGAAUUUCAGAAGGAGAUGAAACAACACACUCGUUUGUGUGUGUGUGUGUGCACGUUGGAACUCACAUUUGCACAAUAAAAACAAAAACAGAUUCACUUUCUCCGCCGAGCUCUUUUCUGCUCUAGAUCAGCUCAUAUUCUGUCUGUUACACCUUAUUGGUCCGUUUCCUACACAUUGUCACAUAAACACCCGCGGCAUUAAGACUUCAGUCUUUUUUUGUUGUUUUUUUUUUUGUUACAGAUCGGUUUUAUUCACGUCUUGCACUAAUGAUUCUCAUAAAAUUUCUCUAAUUUCAGGUGUGAUUAUAAAUAUAUACAUAAUAUAAAUAUAUAAAUAAUUUACUGUAAAUAUCAUGUUGCAGUGUAGUCUACCCUUUUUCUUUUCAUUUUACCAACUACUGCUUGCUAGGGAGUUGUUUAGAUAAUCAAGGAGAAGACAAAAAGUGUAGUUUAAAAAAAAUGGCUACAUUCUCAGUUUGGACCUUUUUUUUUCCCACACACAAGGAUGCAUAAUAAACAGUGGUGGUCUUUAUGUAUGUAGUGAUAUUAACAAAAAAAUAGCAUUUAUUUAGAAUCCAUUUCUCCAAAUAAAAAAAUGUUUAUCUGAACUUUUGUGUGUUGCGUGUGUUGUGUGAGCGUGUGUGUGUGUACAGAGACAAUGAUGCCUUGUUCUUUUCCCUGUGUGUAGAGAGGAAUUUCGAUACGCACCACAAUCAGAUAUCACAUUCAGAAGGAUGAAAAUCCACUGGCCUGGAGCGAUUUGUGACCAUACUGGAUUUUUUUAAAUGUUAUUUUAUUCCAAAACCACUUAAAGAUGGCAUUUUUUUGUGUGAAAAUACUUAUUUGCAUUAAAGGAUAGUCUAAAAUGCAAGUGUUUGACAGCACUGUUAUGUAAUGACCAAAUCAAUACUGAAAUAAAUGUGAUCAUUUGUCA